AUGGCGAAGGCCGCUGCUCUCGUGCCUGCUGCCUUAGUCACGGGCGGCCUAUUCGGCUGCAUAGCUAGUGCAGCAGUGCUUGCGAGCGUUGGGAUAUGGCAUGGCUAUGCUGGCACAGAGUCCGCUGUGUUAGCUGCUAAAUCUGCGAAGCUUUGUCUAGAUAACCUUGCUGAGGAACUCAUUGCGAGCCUUGAAGCCGGAACCUACAAUACAGAUGAAGCAAUUGACAUGCUACGUCGCACGUGCUUAGCCUAUGCCAGCACGAUACCACGAGGAACGCAAUACGUGGAGCGGGUCUUUCAAGAGCUUGCUCUUGUACGGAGAUGCAGAGGUGCCGACGUUAACAGGGCAUUGCGGGAGACGCACGAUGAGCUUAACCGCGUGGCGAACAAGGGCGCAACGGCAGACGAGGUACGGCUGACUCUGAUACGCCAGCUCAACAGACUAUCAGCAAUAGCCGCCACAUCUGUUCGAGACGUCGUUGACCGUAACCCGGAGCUGAAGCCGUACAGAGAUGGUGCGAUCAAGUCUCUUGACGGGCAUCCAGUCCCCAGAACGCCUACGGUUAGCAUCAAUGUCCAGGUACGCCAUACGAAGGCUGCAAAGUGA